AUGGGCGCGGCGCGGAGCUGUCCCCGCCCAAUAGGUGCGGCGGGCCGGGAGGCGGCAGGAGGAAGCGGCGCGAUGUGGCCGGCAGCAGCAGCGGGAGGCCUGCGCCCGGUGGGCGGUGGCCCCUGCCUGCUGCUGCUGGCCGCUGUGCUGGUGGUGCUGGCGCUGGUGGUGCGGCAGCUGCUGAAGCAGCGGCGGCCGCCUGGCUUCCCGCCCGGUCCCACGGGGCUGCCUCUCAUCGGCAACAUCCACGCCCUGGGCGCGGAGCAGCCGCACGUCUACAUGCGGCGGCAGAGCCAGAUCCACGGGCAGAUCUUCAGCCUUGAUCUGGGUGGUAUAUCUGCUGUUGUCCUGAAUGGCUAUGAUGCAGUCAAAGAAUGCCUCGUUCAUCAAAGCGACAUCUUUGCAGACAGACCCUCUCUUCCCUUGUUUAAGAAGCUGACAAACAUGGGAGGCUUACUGAACAGUAAAUAUGGCAGAGGAUGGACAGAACAUCGCAAAUUAGCUGUAAAUACCUUUCGCAUUUUUGGAUAUGGUCAAAGGUCCUUUGAGCACAAAAUUUCAGAAGAAGCUAUGGUUUUUCUUGAUGCCAUUGAUACAUACAAGGGCAGGCCCUUUGAUCUUAAGCACUUGAUCACAAAUGCUGUUUCAAACAUUACCAAUCUGAUUAUUUUCGGCGAACGUUUUACAUACGAAGAUACUGAAUUUCAGCACAUGAUUGAGAUCUUUAGUGAAAACGUUGAACUAGCUGCUAGUGCUUCUGUAUUUUUAUAUAAUGCUUUUCCUUGGAUUGGUAUCUUGCCCUUUGGGAAACACCAGCAGCUGUUUAAAAAUGCAGCUGAAGUCUAUGACUUUCUUCAUGAGCUUAUUGAGCGUGCCUCUGAAAACAGGAAGCCUCAGUCACCUCGACAUUUUGUAGAUGCAUAUUUAGAUGAGAUGGAGUGCAGUAAAAACGAUCCAGAGUCUACAUUCUCAAGAGAAAACUUAAUUUUCUCCGUUGGAGAACUCAUCAUAGCUGGGACAGAAACCACAACAAAUGUUUUAAGAUGGGCAGUGUUAUUUAUGGCUCUUUAUCCAAACAUUCAAGGACAAGUUCAAAAAGAAAUCGAUUUAGUUACUGGCCCUAACAAAAUGCCCACCUUAGAAGAGAAAUGCAGGAUGCCAUACACUGAGGCUGUGCUGCAUGAAGUUCUAAGAUUCUGCAAUAUAGUUCCACUAGGUAUUUUUCACGCGACUUCCAAAGACACUGUGGUGCGUGGUUACUCUAUUCCUGAAGGCACUACGGUCAUUACAAACCUCUACUCUGUUCAUUUUGAUGAAAAAUACUGGAGCAAUCCAGAAGUGUUUUCUCCAGAGAGAUUUCUGGACAGCAGUGGCCAGUUUGUCAAGAAAGAUGCAUUUGUUCCUUUUUCACUAGGAAGAAGACAUUGUCUUGGAGAGCAGCUGGCUCGAAUGGAAAUGUUUUUGUUUUUCACUUCAUUACUGCAACGAUUUCACCUGUGUUUUCCUCAUGGCGUGAUUCCAGAUCUCAAACCAAGAUUAGGCAUGACAUUACAACCACAGCCAUACCUCAUCUGUGCCAAAAGACGGUGAAGAGAAGGGUCUAGACUGUCAGGUGGAGCACAAUGCUCCAAGUUGCAGCUGAAGAUCCACUUUGCCUUCUGUUUCUAAAUGUGUUCAUGUCAGAAGAACAAAACUUUUAAGGACUUGCAGAUAAAUUCUAUUUAUGCACAAGUUUAGUUUCUUUUUACUUGGAUUUAAC